AUGUCUGUCUCACUUUCCACCGUUCAGUAUUUCGACAACGCCAACUCUCUAUCCUACGCUGUCACUCCCUGCAUUCAACACUACCCAUUAUCAUCAAAGUCCGGAAGUAUGUUUGACAAAUUGAAGAAGACCUUUUCGACCCGCAAGUCUUCCAAGUCGACAAAUAGCUAUAGCCCACGGGACACAGAAGGCGCUGGACAGAUGCUUGGUAAUGCGCCUACAGGUGCACCGGUGAACAAGAGGAACUCUGCAUCCCGCGACAGUGGCCUUACACUGUUCUCAUACCCCGGCCCGUUUGACUCGGCGUCGCCUGCUACACGAAGACCCAACAGCUCAAGCAUGAAUCCCUUUAGUUCUAACCGCGAUGCCCCGCCGGCGUAUACACCAGGCCCAGCUCAGAAUGCCCCCGCAGUACAUCCAGCCCCGACUACCGAUAUCGAAGAAGACGAUCCCUAUGACUUCCUUCGAAGCUUCGAUACAGUCUUUCUGAUUGAUGAUUCUGGAUCCAUGGCCGGCCGCUCUUGGAAGGAGACUGGCAAGGCUCUUGAAGUGAUUGCACCGAUCUGCACCAAGCGUGAUGCGGACGGAAUCGACAUCUACUUCCUUAACCACCCCGACUCUAGCAUUUACAAAAACGUCACAUCAGCGAGUACCGUCAUCGAGAUCUUUCAGACGGUGCGUCCCAGGGGUGCAACACCGACCGGUCAGCGCCUGAACAAGAUCCUCAAGUCUUAUCUCGAGCGAUUCGUGCUCGACAAGAGUAUCAAGCCCAUGAACAUCAUCGUCAUCACUGAUGGUGUGCCAUCCGACGAUCUUGAAACUCCCAUUAUCAACGCCGCCAGGAAGCUCGACGAGAAAGACGCAGAAGCAUACCAACUUGGCAUCCAGUUCUUCCAGGUUGGAAAAGAGCCUGGUGCCAGGGAGCAUCUCAUGCAACUUGAUGAUGGCCUUAUCAAAAUAGCGCAGAGCCAGGGCUUGGGAGUUCCUCGGGACAUUGUCGACACGGUGCCUUUCACUGGAGACGGGAACGCUGAGCUCACCGGCACAGGAAUACUCAAGGCAACUAUGGGAGCUAUCAAUCGCCGAUGGGACUAUACUUCUAAGGGAAUACAUCAAAAAUAG